AUGAGGCUUCUUGCAACCGGUUGGCUGUUUGUGCACUUGUAUGCCCUCAGUUGGGCACAUGUCACUUUCUCUACGGAGCACUUUGCCAGCAUUCUAGACGCCAACUCUGGAGUGCUGAGGUCCUUGAAUACCACCGCAGAUGGCUUCGAUUUCUCGCCAUCCGAUGUCUUUGACCAGCGCAAUUUCAAUGGCAACUAUCACACCGGGGACAUUACUCUACGAUAUCGCGUUGGCAAUGGAAGCUGGAUCGAGUCCGAUUCGGCGUCAAAUCGCACCAGGGUUUCCCAGACGACAACUGAAACCACAGUUUCUGCGCAAUUGGAUUCAUCCAUGCCAAACAUCAGCCAUCGGCUCUCUGUAAAACGGACAUGGCACAACUACGACGGCGACCUGGCCCUCAACUUCACCAUCACCAAUCAAGCCAACGAGUCCAUAGAGAUCGGCAGUGUGGGCUUUCCCAUCGAGUUCAACAACAUCUUCACGGGGCGCUCUUCGAUCGACACGGCCGACAAGUGCGUCUUCGUCGACCCCUUCAUCGGUCUUCAGGCGGGCUAUCUUCAAGUCACCCGCUUACGAGGAAUUGGGCCGCACCUUGUCGUGACCCCGCUUGGUCUCAAUACCAGCCUGGAGGCAUGGCGCUUUCUCUCCGAGCCCACAGACACCAAGUUGGCGUAUCAGAGCCAGACAUUCGAGGGCUACUAUGAAUGGCAGGUUCAUACACAGGCAUACGCGGAGCAGGAGUGGAAGGACGCGCAGCCGUGGAAUGAGCCGACAUCGCGAGUCUUGACGCCCGGAGAGUCGGUCACGUAUGGCCUGCGAUUUACUUCAUUGUCGACUGUCGAGGAGAUUGAAUCGACCGUUGCCUCGCUUGGAUUGCCUGUUGCUGUCGGACUCCCGGGCUACGUCCUGCCCAGGGACCUCAAGGGACGGCUUUUCGUCAACACCACAUCCAACGUGUCGUCAGUCAAGGUAUCUCCGGAAUCAUCUCUCUCAAUCAAUUAUACCACCUCGCACGCCUCGACCUGGCAAGAAUUCGCUUUGACUCCCGCUCCGGAUGCCUUUGGACGCUCAAGAAUCGAACUGACACCGGUCCUGCAAGAAAGCCGCGUCUGGAUCGCCGGUCUCAGCGAUGACGGCGGCGCCGGCUCGUACGAGGCAGCUGCCAUGAAGCAGAGUGUCCAGCCUUCUGCAGCAGAGGUCGCGAAGUUAGAGCAAUUUGUCAAUGAGACGGUGUGGGCCAGGCUACAGCUGUCCAGCGGACCGCAGCAGUACGGAGUCAAGAAGAGUCUUUUCUACUAUGACCCCGAUGUACUGCCAGACUUUGAUUAUAGCAACACCAUGGACUGGCAGAGUUGGACUUCGUGGAACAAACCUGACGCAUACUUACUAGACCGCACUUAUAACUACGUACAUGUUUCCUGUCUACAUUGGUCGUUGUAUCGGGCAGGACGAGCCGUUCCUAGUGUUCUGACGAUGCAAAGUCCUGAAUGGUAUCUGUUGCAGUCAUACAAGACUGUCCUCUUCGCAUUCGGUUCCCAACCCGACGGGUCUAAUAACACCUCAUACCGCGACGUCGGACUCAUGGGCGAGACAGUCUGGAAAAAUCUCAUCACAGACCUCCAAGCAGAAAGCUACACCUCCGAAGCCACCUCUCUCCAGGACGCAAUGAAGCCGCGUGCCCAGCUCUGGGCAACACAAGAAGACCCGUUCGGUAGCGAGCAGGCAUGGGACUGCACAGGGCAAGAGGGCGUAUACGUAUGGUCCAAGUAUUUCGGUUUCUCAGACACGGUCAAUAAAACCAUCGACUCCAUCCACGGCUACAUGCCUUCUAUUGCGCAUUGGGGGUGGAAUGGAAAUGCUCGUCGGUAUUGGGAUUUUACAACAGCCGGAAAAACCAGCCGCAUCGAACGCCAAAUCCACCACUACGGAUCCAGCCUCAACGCCCUCCCCCUCCUAGACAACUACCGCUCCUCACCCUACCCCUCCUCCCUAUCAACCAUCUACAGCCUCCGCGUCGGCUACGGCGGCCACCAAGGCCCCCUAACCAGCAUCGCGGCCGACGGCUUCGCAUCCAUGGCCUUCCACUCAUACCCGGAAACUCUCGAGUGGGAUGCAUACACGGGCGACUAUGGACUUAGCUUUCUAGGCCAUGUUCUCGGCUCUGCGACGUAUCUCGUGCGACAUCCGGUUUUCGGGUGGGUUUGUUUCGGGGGGAAUCUUGUUGAUGAUGAAGAUGAAGCGGUGGUUACGGUCGAGCCGAGGGAUACGGUCAGACAGCGUAUAUAUAUCUCCACGUUGGGAUUAUACGUCUCCCUAACCGCGGGAACAAUACAACACUUCACACUCUCGGAGAAGGACAAGGCCGUCUCGAUCCAAGUAUCUGCGGCGAUACCUGGGCCGGAGAAACUGCAUGUUUCGGAAACUGUGGUUCAGUAUUCGGUGACGAGGACAAGUGAAAAUGCCAGUGCCGAGCCAAAGAUUGUGGAAGACGGAGACGGUCUACUGAAGUCGUGGGUGAGCAAAUACUAUAAACUUGGAUUCGGGGAGGGGGGCGACGCAACUAUUACUUUUGAGUGGUGA